UUCUUUCUUCUUCUUUUUCCAGCUGACAACCUCCAAAUACCCAGUGGUGGUAAAGAUGGGACAUGCUCAUUCUGGAAUGGGAAAGGUCAAGGUGGAGAACCAGUAUGAUUUCCAAGACAUUGCCAGUGUGGUAGCUCUCACCAAGACCUAUGCCACUUCAGAACCUUUUAUUGAUGCCAAGUAUGAUAUCCGUAUACAGAAGAUUGGCAAUAACUACAAAGCCUACAUGAGGACCUCUGUUUCAGGCAACUGGAAAACCAAUACUGGCUCUGCCAUGUUGGAGCAAAUAGCUAUGUCAGAUAGGUACAAGCUAUGGGUGGACACUUGUUCAGAAAUUUUUGGUGGUUUGGACAUUUGUGCAGUAGAGGCUCUGCAUGGCAAGGAUGGACGUGACCACAUUAUUGAGGUAGUGGGAUCAUCCAUGCCUCUGAUUGGAGACCAUCAGGAGGAAGAUAAGCAGCUGAUUGUGGAGCUGGUACUGUCACGCAUGGCCCAGGUCAUUCCUCGCACACCAGUACCCUCCCCUGUGCGUUCUGCCUCAGGACAGCAUGCCCAGGCUCAGUCAGCUCAAGCUGGACAGAGACAAGGCCCUCCAGCCCAACAGAGACCUCCACCCCAAGGAGGACCUCAGCAGCCACCUCCAGGAUCCCAGCGCCCUCCGUCUCAGCAGCGCCCCCCUCCCCAAGGCCAGCAACUCUCAGGCCUUACCCCACAGCCCAGUGGUCCUGCAAUGGGUCAGCGUCUGCCCAGCCCCACUACCCAGCAGCCCCCACCACAGGCUCAGCAACGUCCUGCCGGGCAGCGCCAGCCUGGGCCUGGAGUCCAACAGUCUCGCCAGCAGGGCCCCCCCUCUGCUCCACAGUCCCCCCAGCCCCAGAGAGGGCCAAGCCCCAGUGGUGGAGGACAGCAGCAGUGGCAGCAAGGUUCUCCCCCGCAGCAGCAGCGGCCUGCAGGGGCUGGCCUGCCCAAGACAGCAUCUGGGGGCCUCCCAGGGCAACAGCAGCAGCCCCAGCAGGCACAGCGCCCUCCAGCAGCUGGCGGUCAACCACGGCAGCAUCCGCGGCAGGGCAGCCAAGGGGGCCUGACUCAGCAGCGCCCACCGGGAGCAGGAGCACAGCAGCAGCGCCCAUCACCACCCACUACCCAGCAGCCGAGGCCCAGUACUCAGGGGCAGGGGCCUGGUGGCCCAGGGCAACAAGGGAACCGCCCUCCACCAAGCCAAGGAAAGCCACAAGUUGCCCAGAAACCCAGUCAGGAUCUGCCUCCUCCACCCCAGCCCCAGCUGAACAAAUCCCAGUCUCUGACCAAUACCUUCCCCCUUGCAGAGGCACCGGUGCCACGGGGCAGCCUUAGUCAGGAUGAAGUGCGUGCUGAGAGCAUCCGCAGCCUCCGACAGAGCUUCGCCAGCCUCUUCUCCGACUGAGAGACUUCCCCUCUAUACUGCGACCCUUCACUUCCCCGGGCCUAGUUCCCUUUCCCUGUCUUCUGAGACUCUGAACCCCAUGUUCCUUCACUGCUUUGACCAACCCCCUCCCCCCCAUGGGAAUGCUCUUCCAAAAUGAAUCUAUUUAUUUGUUUAUUUUUAUCCCCCCCCCCUUUCUUACUUUGAAGAAUUUUUUUCUCCCCUCCCCUCCAUUAAUGGCAAUCCCAUGGAAAGGGGGAAGCAAUACGUAUCCCUGGAGAUCCUUGGUAAAAGGAAUGGCACCUGCUGGAAAUGGUCAGCGCUAGAAAAUGGGUUGAUACUAAAUCCCCAGGAAUACUCAGGCUUUUGAAGCCGGUCGUUCUGAAUGUAAAGUGGGUUGGUUGGUUGGUUGGCUUAAAAUUCAUUUGUUUGUGUACUUAUUUAUUAGAUUUUGUACCGCUGCUCAUCUCACAUAUGUGACCUCUGGGUGGUUUACAGUGAAGAAGUUAUCUGUACAGAGCAAUUAUCUGGGGAGAGAGAGAUACAAAUACAUAUACAGAUACACAUAUAAAUUCUACCCUAAAUGCAACAAGAACUACACAGUCUUCUGGGAAGGAGGCUCUGUUUAUCUUACCUUAAAAUCCUAAAUCUUCCUUCUGCCACCAUCCUUCGUUCUUAAGGACCAAUUUUUUGCUCUGUUUUCUAUGACUGAUUCUGUAUCCAUUUCUGCAGAAUAUACUAUCCCCAUGCAAGUUAAACCCAUCGAUUAUCAGAGAGCUUCCUUCCUUCCUUUUAUCAGGAGCUCCCUUUUCAUCUGGAGGCUGCAGAUUACUCAAGUCCACAUUUCUUCUAUAUAAAUAUGCAAACUUUAUGCCUGAUUCUCUUCUCCCAGCCUAGGGGUCCCCAGGCCUGGGAAAAAGGGAGAGGAGAGAGGUCUCCAGGGAUCUCUAUAUAUAGCAUGAGGGAGGGGACUUCUCCUGGGGCCAUGUCUGUGUUUGUGGCCACAAAGAUGUCUAUGUUGCUGUUUGUGAAUAAGCCAGUCAAUUGCCACUUGCCCUUUGCACAAUCCUGUUGUCCCCACUCCUUAGCUGCCUGCUUCCAACUCUGUUGCCUUGGCUGCAGGUUCUGCCUCCACUUCAGCAAUGUGCAACCUUCUUCCCAUGCGUUUUGGUAACUGUAUACUUGGCAAGCCUUAAUCUAGACACAUACCACCUUUCCAUCCUACCUCACACUGUUUUUUUCCCCCACCCUCUUAGUAGCACUGCAGAAAACUCCCAAUCUGACACUCCACUAUAAGCUUUAGCAUCUACUGAUCAUCAGGAAGGUGCUGGGCAGGGCCAAUAAGGUACUUAGCAAAUCUUUUGCUAAGCUGUUUUAGAACCCAGCCAUCAUGGAGGAGAGACAAUUGGCCAAUGAUUUGAGUUUGCGGUGGAGAAUGCAGUUGUUUUUGUCAAGCCCAUUUCCUGUUCUUCCUCCCACUUGGCCAAUCAAAUCUAUCUGCUCUUCUCCCAAAACAGCCAUAGUACUGCCACUAUAGCCAAGGUAUGCUUUUGCUAUUUUGAUGACUGAAGAAAUAAAACUUCAUCCCCGAUGGACACACAAGGGGUUCACAUCCAAAAGCAGAACUUGGUCCCCACCCUCUCCCCCUUGUAUAUAACUCAAGAGAGAAACUUCCCACUCUAUUUUUGUGAUUCUCCUUUAUCCCUAAAGCUGUGUCAAUUACUCUUGUCCCCUUCUUUGAAAGGUCACGGGGACAGGGGUAAAGCGCCACUUAACGCGUGGUGGUCUGAUAGCUGCAAAGUCGCGUGUUGUAGCUGUGUUGUGACAUGAUGCUUUGAGCUGUGUUUGCAACUUACUGUCAGGCUGGGGAGGGGAUGCAGCAGAGGCUCGAUCCCUGUGUAUUACACCCUCUUUCCAUUCUUCAGCCUCUUCUCCCCAGAGAUCUAUUCCUUUGCCACCAAGAGAUCUGGGAAGGACAAUUUAAAGUGCUAACUUGGUAUCUUUAUUUAUUCUUGUCUGGAAAGUGCAUCCCCCUCGCACACUAUUUUUGUGGGAAUAGAGGCCUUUCCUAUUGCUGUGAUUCUGUCUCUGUGAAUCAAAGUUUCAAUGGAUCAGUGAUGUAAAAAACAUAAAUAAAUAAAUAUAUCUAUAUUAAAAAUCCGAA